AUGUUUUCGCCUUAUGACCAAGACAGAGCCAGGGACAGCCAGCGCGAGAAGUAUCACCAGUGUUCCUGGUGGCGUCCCGCCCAGGACUUGGGCCGGGCAGCAGAAGUUGCCUGUGCAAAAGAUCGAGUGGCUGCGGGUCAGCUGCCUCUAAGAGAAAGCUUCAGAGACUUCGACGGCUUAGAAAAAGGUGUUUGUACGAAGGAUCAGGCGCAUGCUGUGCUCUUGUCCGUUUUGAGGAUAAACCUCAGCGAGAGUGACUGGGAAGGACUCCUGCAGCAGUUCGUUCGAGCUGACGGAAUGUUUGCCUACGAUGCACUUUGCUCUCAAAUUGAAGCUAGCCUCGGCAAUCCGGCAAGGCUUCACCUCACUGCAGUUUGGGACAGUAAACUGAGAUUCUUUGAGUCUUUUGACAUGAAAAUGGUUAAAAUGCCCGAGAUGCCACAUAAUUAUGAAAAGAGAGUGGUGGAGGCGCAACAAUACCCCACUAGGGUGGUGCCAGUACAAACGCCCUCGGAGUUGAGAAGCGCACAAGAGGAUAAAACGCCGAUGACUCAAGAGGAGCUUGUCCGAUUAAGAGAACUGCAAGAACGACUCGCCUUCAAAGUCAAACAAACUAGAAAAGUCUUGCUUCCAACAUUUCAAGACUUCGACAAAAGAUGCACCCAGCACGUCACACGGCGACAGCUCUGGCGCAUCCUUGGAAUGCUCGACUUGCCCGUCAAUGAAGAAGAGUUAAAUCUACUUUGCCUUUGGCUCUGCGACAAAGGCAACCUACAGGAAGUCGCAUACAGACCUCUACUGCAUGCCAUUGACCCUCCUAUUAAGGGUUCGUCUCAGCAAGGCAACCUCGAAGAAAUAUCAGAGUCUGUCUACUACCGCGACGGAAAAGUGGUGCCAAUGGCGGAGACGCUUAGCAGAAUUAAGCAACACUAA